AACCACACAAAUCAAAUCCCCCGCCAUAACCAGCAAACUUGACACAGAAAGCAGUUACUACAACAACAAUGGCUUCCAUUACCUUUCUUCUCUCUCCACCAAAGCCACACAAUUCACUAUUCUUCUCUCCUUUAUUUACAACACUUGGAAAAACUUGUUCGUCCUAUUCUUUCACGACGAAAUCGCUAUCAGUUUCAGCUUCUUCGAGAGCAUUAGAAGCAUUGAUAUUUGAUUGUGAUGGCGUUAUAUUGGAAUCAGAACACCUUCAUCGACAAGCUUAUAACGAUGCUUUCACUCAUUUCAAUGUGCGUUGCCCUUCUUCUGAUCAUGAUCAUGAUGGAUUGCUCAAUUGGAGCCUCGAGUUCUAUGAUGUGUUGCAGAAUCAAAUUGGUGGUGGCAAACCCAAAAUGCGAUGGUAUUUUAAGGAACAUGGAUGGCCAACUUCGACAAUCUUUCAGAAUCCUCCGGAGGAUGACAACGAUAGAGCUAAGCUCAUUGAUACUCUUCAAGAUUGGAAGACUGAGAGGUACAAACAGAUAAUCAAAUCCGGAACUGUUAAGCCGAGACCAGGAGUUUUAAGAUUGAUGGAUGAAGCCAAAGCUGCAGGCAAGAUGCUCGCUGUCUGCUCUGCUGCAACCAAAAGUUCAGUUAUACUGUGUCUUGAGAAUCUUAUAGGACUUGAUCGGUUCCAUGGUCUUGAUUGCUUCCUUGCAGGUGAUGACGUGAAAGAAAAAAAGCCUGAUCCUUCAAUAUACAUUACAGCUGCCAAGAAACUUGGCGUCUCGGAAAGCAAUUGUUUGGUGGUGGAGGAUAGUGUCAUCGGGCUACAGGCAGCAACUGGUGCUGGAAUGUCGUGUGUGAUAACUUACACUUCAUCUACUGCGGAUCAGGAUUUCAAAGAAGCCAUAGCAAUCUAUCCUGACUUGAGUGAUGUUAGAUUUAAUGAUUUAGAGUCACUUCUUCAAGAUGUUGUGGUAACAAAGUAGGAUAGGGGGCCGAGUCCAUUAUACUAGAGUGCUGAAACAGCAGAUUUGUUGGCAUCUGAAAAGAAGGUUUUGCCAAGCUAUUUCAAGUCCCUGGUUGUGUAGUUAGAGGUUCUUUGUAUCCUUUUUGUUCCAAAAUAAACUGUUCAUAAUUAUUCAUUUGUGUGAAAUAACAGUUAUCACUUCCAUUUGUAAUACUUAAAUUCUCUGUAUAUGUCAAUAUAAUCUCAGUUACAAGCA